CGUUUUUCCGCCGGUUUGGGACUUGCGACUUCUUGGAACUCUCCUGUGAGAAUUAAGAGGAGUAUAUUUAUAUACUUGGUUCACUGGGUAGCAAAGAUACAUAGCUACAUACGUACUUACCUUUUAAUCACUCCACACACCCCUCAAAAAUGGCACCUCCCAAGUACGCAGAUCUAGGCAAGGCAGCCAAGGACUGUCUUUCCAAGGACUUUGUUGUUGGUGAUGUCAAGUUCGAAGUUGCCACCAAGACUUCUACUGGAGUGGCUUUCAAGACCAUCACCACCAAGAACCAGAAAGACGGUACCGUUGAUGGUACAUGCGAGGCCAAGUACCUAUACAAGCCAUACAACCUAGAGGUAACCGAGAAGUGGAGUACCGCUGGUGUGCUACUCCAGACCCUGUCCAUUGAAGGUCUAGCUGAUGGUCUUAAGAUUGACAACGAUACCUCGUAUAACACCAACAACGAGGCCAUCACCUCAGUUGUCAAGGUCGACUAUGUACAGAAGCAAAUCCGUACCACCGCUGACGUCAAUCUGCUUAAGAAGGUCGUGAACGCCACCAGUGUGUUCAACCACAACCAGGUGUUCGUUGGUGUACAGGCUGCUUACGAUGGUGCCAAUGGUGCCGUUGCAUCAAAGACCAUUGCCGCCUCUUACAUCGCCCCUGAUUUCCAGUUCACUACCAGCACUGAUGGAGAGAAGGUGAGCUCUUCACUGCACCACCGAGUGUCUGCACAAACCGUUGCCGCCGUUGCUUUCGGUUGGAAGAAGGGCACCAACGAGACCGACUUCGCUCUUGGUGGACACUUCAACUUGGACGCUGGUUCCUUCCUAAAGGCUAAGUUGACACACACCGGUCAGCUGACGUUCGGCUACACUCAGGUAGUCAGCCCCAACGCUAAGGUGUCCGUUGGUAUGAACGUGGACAGCAAGAACCUUUCCACUGAUGCGCACAGACUUGGUUUCUCCCUUGUUCUCUCCGCUUAGAUUUAACAUCCAAAUCUCCUAUCAAAGAAUAAAGGUGGUUUACGGAGUUCAGUAAGGGCGUCCAAACUCAGUAUCUUCUCAUGUUCAUAGUUUAUUUUGAAGUUCAGUUCAUUAGGGGUGAAGGAUACAUUUUUAUAGAGCUCAGUAAGGUCUCUCGUUUGGAUUUUAUAGCGCACCUUUUGUAGUUUUUGAAGGUCAGUUCACCAGGGAUGAAGUGUACGGUGCUUUACCGUGGAUUCUAUUCGGCUUGAGCGAAGUACAAGAUUUUAGCACCAGUGUCGGUAGUUCAAGCGAGUAUCAGUAUGAUACACAUAGUCAUGGACUGCAUCUAGCAAUGUACCG